UUAGACUCCUGUCACUUCAGUUUCUGUCAUGGCGAGGCAAUUGUCAAUUGUUAUUAAUUAAUUAGUAUCGCCAGCAAGUGAAUAAUUCAUCUCGUUUCAUUAUAAACAAUUCGUGUUUUGCUUUGUAGUAUAGUGUAGUUACCGAUAAUCCAAUCAUUAUGGGCGACGAAUUGCAAAAUUAUCGGUUGCAGUUGCAGCAAGUGGAAGCAGCCUUAUUGACUGAUCCAGAUAACAAAGAAUUACAAAAACUAAAAGUUGAUCUUGAAGAAGUGAUCGAACUGACCUUAGAUCUAAAAAAUAAAGCUGAAGAAGCUGCCAACCAACCAGAAUAUACACAGCCAGUCGGUGUUGCUGAAGACGAUGAAAUCACUAAAUCCUUGAUGGCUGUAGAAGAAUUCGUUGCAAGAAACAAAACUAAGAAAAUUUGGAGAAUCGGUGAUACUUGCAUGGCUAAAUGGAAUGACAAUGGACAGUAUUAUGAAGCUAGAAUUGAUGCUAUCAAUCCGGAUGGCCAGGUAAAUGUAACAUUUGAAGCGUUUAAAAAUCGUGGAGUUACCACCUUAGCUGAACUUAAAGAAUUCACAGGGCAAAAACGCGUCUUAAGUGAGUCGGAAAAGUUGAAAAGGGCCAAAAUGAACAACAAGGAGUAUUUGAAGAAAAAGAAGAUGAAGAAACAACAGAGAUUCAAAGAAUUAGAGGAAGAGCGGGAGAGUGAGAAACAAAAGUGGCUAGCCUUCACUUCCAAAGCUGGUAGAAAUAAAAAAAUUUCUGGACUUAAGGGCAAAAGUAUUUUUGCUUCUCCGGACUCGGUUAACGGGAGGGUUGGUAUCGGCACUUGUGGGAUCAGUGGUAAACCUAUGACGGAGUUUGUGACCGCCGAGAAAUGGAGGAAAGGGGUGUAAGUGUUUUGAAAUGGAGGACUUGAUUUUUUUGUAAGUGAAAUGUUGAACAAUUGAAAACAUCCUGUACAGUAAUAAUGAUAAGUAAUAAAUACGAUUUCGUAGAUCUUUCGAUGUUGAAAGGCAAUAGUUAAUUUAUCUCGAUAAUGAUGAAUCUGUAGCGUUAUAAAAUUUUUGAUUUGUAUAGACUCGUGAUGCUAUUUUUGUUGACUGUAAUAAAGAAUUGUCAUUAAAUUUGUAUAUAAAUAUGAAAUAAAAUUUUACAAAAG